AUGACCCAAGAUCAAGUUCUUACUGCCGCCCCUGCGGUGGUGAACCCACCCCACAACCCGUCGCACGAAGAGCACCAAUAUCUCAACCUGAUCCGAACGAUCCUCUCCGAAGGUGAACACCGCCCGGAUAGAACUGGCACCGGCACAAGAAGCAUUUUCGGCCCUCCUCAGCUUCGAUUCUCGCUUUCCAAACCCAAUCCCGAGGGCGGUGAUCCCAUCCCUGUCUUGCCCCUCCUUACCACCAAACGAGUCUUCCUGCGCGCUGUGCUUGCAGAGUUGCUUUGGUUCAUUUCUGGCUGCACAUCAUCAAUUCCCCUCUCCGAAGCCGGAAUCAAGAUCUGGGAUGGAAAUGGAAGCCGGGAAUUUCUUGACAAGGUUGGACUGGGACACCGGGAAGAAGGUGAUCUGGGUCCCGUAUAUGGAUUCCAGUGGCGGCACUUUGGCGCAGAGUACGUCGACGCAAAGGCUGACUACACUGGCCAAGGUGUCGACCAGCUCAAAGAUGUUGUCAAUAAGAUCAUGAACACCCCAUUUGAUCGUCGUAUUAUCAUGAGUGCUUGGAACCCGGCAGAUCUGCGCAAGAUGGCCCUGCCCCCCUGCCACAUGUUCGCACAAUUUUACGUUUCUUUUCCACCGACAAUGAAGCUCGAUGAGAAGACUGGCAAGCCCAACGAAAAAGGCACCCUCUCGUGUCUUCUCUACCAGCGCUCUUGCGAUAUGGGCUUAGGUGUUCCCUUCAACAUCGCCUCCUACGCUCUUCUUACACAUAUUCUCGCCUACGCCGCGGAUCUGCACCCUGGCACUUUAAUUCAUACUAUGGGCGAUGCUCAUAUCUACCUUGACCAUAUCGAUGCCCUCAAUGAACAGCUUACGCGGGAGCCUACCGAAUUCCCAGAGCUUCGCAUCAAGCGCGACGACCGGGGUAGUGCCGUCGUUGAUGGUUGGAAGGAAGAAGAGUUCGAAGUGAUUGGAUACCAACCCCACAAAACGAUCAAGAUGAAAAUGAGUGUUUAA